ACAUGUUGGUAUUUUAGUGUCUAGAGCAGCAUGUAGGCUUCCACGUUUCAACAUGCACCUUGUUGUCCUCCAACAUGGGGUUUGGGGGGACCCGUCAAACACUCGCUAUCUUGCUACAUUGCUCUCUAACUACUUUGACCAAAGCGCGCAUGUGCUGAACUUUGCUGGUAAUUCAGGGCUUGCAACAUAUGAUGGGAUCGACGUUUGUGGAGAGCGCCUCUUGCAAGGAGUUAAGAGUCAGCAUGAGGAACUUGCACGUCAGGGCAAGACCCCAACGCACAUUAGCUUUAUCGGCUACAGCAUGGGUGGUCUUAUUGCUCGUUAUGCGGUGGGCAGGCUAUUAUCCGACGGGUACUUCCAGCAUGUGGUGCCGCUGAACUUCAUUACUGUAGCUACGCCUCAUUUGGGCGCCUGGCGCAUACCCACUGAUGCCUACGUUCGUUUCCUCAACACGGCAUCCCCGAUUGCACUGUCUCGAUGCGGAAACCAGCUGUACCUCAAGGAUGUUACUUCCUGGGGCGCACCUUUGCUUUGCGUUCUUACACAUCCUGAUUUACAAUGGAUGGCCGCCCUUCGUGGCUUCAAGAACUUGGUUGUAAUGGCCAACGUACGACAUGACUGGAUGGUGCCCUUCUGCUCCGCGACCAUGCAGCUGCACAACCCUUACUCGAAAGGGCCCAGCAGCGGGGCCAGCGCUGCCACCAAGGCAGUUGCGUUGCCCGUGGACUUGGCCUACACAUCCAUCGUGCGGCUGGUCAAACCCGGAGAAACCCCACCACAUCCCCCAGUUCCCCCGCGGCCCCGGCGUGGCUGGUUCCUGUUGGCGCUCUUUGUCAUUGUGGUGAUCGCCCUCUUUCCGCUGGCGUUGCUGCUGGUGCUGCUCCUUGUGCUAAUCGGCUGGGCCCACAGCUUGCGAGCAAUGCCAAUGGCAACGGCUGGCCGAGUGCGGCAGGCAUGCAACGUCUCCAUGAACGUCAGCGAUGGAACCCUGCCGGGUGGUGGCGACAUUGAAAUGGGCGUGGUACGGGUUCAGCAGCCCCCGGGCUUUGGCGAGGUGCCGAACCAGCCGCUCCCGCCCACAGACCAGCAGCAGCAACAGGGAAAGGAAGGACACGUGCAGCAAGUGUGCCAGCUCGGGCGGUGCGAGGGGGAAUCUACAGCGGCGAGCAUGACCGACGGCGGGUUGGGGGUUGUGCUUAGGUUCAGCGAAGGCAGGGGUGGGCCCAAGGGUUCGGAUGAAAGAGUUCUCCUGCAUGCUGACGGCGGCACGCGGCAACACAGCCACCACCAGCAGUGCUUGUUUGCGGGGCUUCCUCUACAGGACAAGCGCGCGUUGCAGGAGUGGCUCGCGGCCCAGCUGGCGGGCCUGCCGGUGCGGGUGGUGCACGUAGACACCCGCGACGUCUUCCACGCGCACGCCGCCAUCAUUGUGUGGAAUCGCGUGUUCCACCACUGCCGGGACGGCAUGGCUUACCUCGUAGAGCGCUGCAUGGUUGUGCCAUGAGCGCUGCGAGGCGGUGAUCUUCUGGGACCGUGAACAGCACGUUGGAGUGGCUGCACAGCGCCAUAUAACUUAGAUGGUCCUGAGAUACUAAGGCAGUCAUCAUAGGUAGACUUCUAUCACCGGGAGUGCACUACUUUGACGCUUUGAUACCUUGAAGCUUAUCGCCAAUCGCUCGUGGGCGUGUUGGUUGGGGGCAGGGUGUGCGAAAUGUUCGGUGGCGCCUGUAUGGACUGACGUUGUUGGCGGAUAUUGGUGGACCCCGCGGUGAACCAUGGGUCAUGUCCCGGUAUUAUAUGCUACAUUACAUUAUAUGCUACAUUAUGCACAGCGACCCCCAAACUCUGUAGUAGAUAUGUACCAUCUUGUGCAGCAUGAUUGUUCGCGUUUGUGUGUGUUGUUGCUGCUAAGCUUGUCGCCUUAUUAAUGCGCCCUCUGCUAUCCAGGUGGCUACUGUGAAGUCUUUAUCGGCAAUGAUUGCAGGGCUAGCCGGUCUCGCCAUUCCAGGGCAGCCCAAGGAAGCCAGUUGCGAAAC